AUGAAUUUUGAUUUUACUUUAAAAAAUUGCUGUGAAAGAAAUCAAAAUAUAACGUUUAUAUGUAUUUCUGCUUGUAUUAUUGUAAGUAUUAUAUUUUGGAAAUGUAAAAUUUUAGAACCAUUCAAAUUAUUAACUGUUUUUUUGCAUGAAUUUUCUCAUGCAUCUGCUUGUUGGAUAACUGGAGGAAAAGUUAAAGGAAUAGAGGUUAAUAGAGAUCAUGGAGGUUGCACUAACACAAUUGGAGGAAAUCAAUUUUUAAUUUUGCCAGCAGGAUAUAUUGGAUCGUGUUUUUAUGGAAUGUUUUUUAUGUUGAUGGCAUAUUUAGAUAAAUGGACAUUAAUAAUAUCAGUUGUAUUUUUAUGUUUUUUAUUAUUAAUAGUAUUAAUAUUUUAUGCAAAAAAUGCAUUUUUAAGAAUUCUUUGUGUUCUUUUUCUUACAGUUACUAUAUCUAUUUGGGUUCUAUGUGCUUAUUUUAAAAAAGAAUUAGAUUAUUGGCCAUUAAAAAUUAUUAUGACUUUUAUAGGUGUAUUAAAUGAAAUGUACAGCAUGGUUGAUAUUUUUGAAGAUUUAAUUAUCAGAACAUCAACCCAAUCUGAUGCUUUUAAAUAUGCUAAAUUAACUAAAUGUAAUUCUAAAUUUUGCGGAGUUUUAUGGCUUAUAAUCAAUUUAUUUUUUAUUCUUUUGACUGUUUAUUUAAUUGGUGCUAUUCAUGUAUCUUGGUAA